CAAAAUUUUCGACCUGGUCCUUCCCAACCCCACCUUCACUUACUUAUUUCUACCUGAACCUCAACACAUCCUCCUUCUUCUGCUUCUUCCACAGAUACCCCUUUCCCUUCCCUCUACACACUCUUCAAACCGCAAAAAUGGGCUUCGCCGACCUUCUCACUGAUGCUGGUGCUGCCAGUAAGUUUCUGCAGCGAUGAUUCUUCUUUCUUUCACGGGCUGACAAUCGUGUCAGUGCUGAACAGCUGGCUCACCACCCGCUCCUACAUCGUCGGCUCCACCCCUUCCCAGGCCGACGUUGCCACCUUCAAGGCUCUUCAGUCCGCUCCUGAUGCCGAGAAGUACCCCCACGCCGCCAGAUGGUACAAGCACAUCGCCUCCUACGAGAGCGACUUCGCCACCCUCCCCGGUGAUGCCUCCAAGUCCUACUCCGUCUACGGCCCUGAGGCCACUGAGCUCCCCGUGAACCCCGCCAAGGCCCCCGCCGCCGAGGAGGACGAGGAUGACGUCGACCUGUUCGGCUCUGACGACGAGGAGGAGGACGCUGAGGCUGCUCGCAUCCGUGAGGAGCGCCUUGCUGAGUACAAGAAGAAGAAGGACAACAAGCCCAAGCUCGCUGCCAAGUCCGUUGUCACUAUGGAUGUCAAGCCUUGGGAUGACGAGACUGACAUGGCUGCCCUUGAGGCCGGUGUCCGUGCCAUCGAGCACGACGGUCUCGUUUGGGGUGCCUCCAAGCUUGUUCCCGUCGGUUUCGGUAUCAAGAAGCUCCAGAUCAACCUCGUUGUCGAGGAUGAGAAGAUCAGCUUGUCUGAUCUCGAGGAGGAGAUUGCCGAGCUUGAGGACUACGUCCAGUCCGUGGACAUUGCUGCUAUGCAGAAGCUGUAAGGGGCUUUAUGAUGAACGGGAGGGAUGAUUUCACGAGGCAUGAUGGUGGAGACAUGAAAAAAAAUCCAUAGAAUCCUCACAAGAAAGGUUAUGGCUCAGGAAACGCAACAGUUUCUGGCACCAACAAAGGCAGCGUCCUUUGUUGCACAAAGAGUGCGGGCUGAAGGCCUUUUAUGAAUACAAAUGAGGUUAUGAAAACCUUUUGAAGAAGACAAUACCUCGGUUCCAAUCCCUAAGUUUUCUGCGUCUCGAUUCCUUGAUCAUGAAUGAGGGAUCGAAUUGGCACCUCUCGACCUUGAUGACUCUUUGCUCUCGC